AGGCCAGGUCGAUUAGGAAGGCCUGCUCGCUGAAGUAUUUUAGGGAGUAUUUGAUAGUGAUGAGGGGUGGUCGUUUGACCACAGACCCGUUACGGAUGCAGGCAAUUAGGCAGUGAUCGCUGAGAUCUUGGUUGAAAACAGCAGAGGUGUAUUUGGAGGGCAGGUUGGUUAGGAUGAUAUCUAUGAGGGUGCCCGUGUUUACAGAUUUGGGGUUGUACCUGAUGGGUUCAUUGAUAAUUUGGGAGAGAUUGAGGGCAUCAAGAUUAGAUUGUUGUCAUGCCCUGACCUUAGUAUUCUAUGUUUUCUGUAUUAUUUUGGUCAGGUCAGGGUGUGACGAGGGUGGGUAUGAUUGUUUUGUAUUGUCUAGGGUUUUUGUAUGUCUAGGUGUGUGUGUGUGUAGUCUAGGCAUAUGUAGGUCUAUGGUGGCCUGAAUUGGUUCCCAAUCAGAGGCAGCUGUUUAUUGUUGUCUCUGAUUGGGGAUCCUAUUUAGGUUGCCAUUUUCCAGUUUGGUUUGUAGGUUAUUGUCUAUGUGUAGUUGCCUGUUUAAGCACUCGUUGUUUAUAGCUUCACAUUCGUGUUGUUAUUUUGUUAGUUUGUUUAGUGUUUCUUCGUUUUAAUUAAACAGUAUGUUUUCAUAUCACGCUGCGCCUUGGUCUCCUCACUACGACGAACGUGACAAUUGUAGGAUGGCCGGGUUGUUAAGCAUGUCCCAGUUCAGGUCACCUAGCAGCACUAGCUCUGAAGAUAGAUGGGGGGCAAUCAGUUCACAUAUGGUGUCCAGGGCACAGCUGGGGGCAGAGGGUGGUCUAUAGCAAGUGGCAACGGUGAGAGACUUGUUUCUGGAAAGGCAGAUUUUUUAAAGUAGAAGCUCGAAUUGUUUGGGUACAGACCUGGAUAGUAAGACAGAACUCUGCAGGCUAUCUCUGCAGUAGAUGGCAACACCCCCCCUUUGGCAUUUUUAUCUUGUCGGAAAAUGUUAUAGUUAGGGAUGGAAAUUUCAGGGUUUUUGGUGGUCUUCCUGAGCCAGGAUUCAGACACGGCUAGGACUUCUGGGUUGGCAGAGCGUGCUUGGGCAGUGAAUAAAACAAACUUAGGGAGGAGGCUUCUAAUGUUAACAUGUAUGAAACCAAGGCUUUUACGGUUACAGAAGUAAGCAAAUGAUAGCGCCUGGGGAAUGGGAUUCGAGCUAUGCACUGCAUGGCCUGGAUUAACCUCCACAUCACCAGAGGAACAGAGGAGGAGUAGGAUAAGGGUACGGCUAAAGGCUAAAAUAACUGGUCGUCUAGUACAUUCAGAACAGAGAGUAAAAGGUGCAGAUUUCUGGGCACGGUAGAAUAGAUUCAAGGCAUAAUGUACAGACAAAGAUAUGGUAGGAUGUGGAUACAGUGAGGGUAAACCUGUGCAUAGAGUGAUGAUGAAAGAGAUAUUCUCCCUAGAAGUAUAAUUUAAACCAGGUGAUGUCACCGCAUGUGUGGUAGGUGGAACUAAAGUGUUAAAUAAGGUGUAUCGAGCAGGACUAGAGGCUCUACAGUGAAAUAAGGCAAUAAAUACUAACCAAAACAGCAAUGGACAAGGCAUAUUGACGUUAGCGAGAGGCAUGCAUAGCCGAGUGAUCAUAUGAGUCCAGUGAGUGGCUUCAGGCAGCUUGAGGGCCUUGAGGGCCUUGGAGGGACGUGGAGGGACGUCGCGACGGAAGAAAGUCUGUUGUGGCCCCCUCGUGCUAUUACAUCGGCAGACGGAUCAGCAGGGCUCUGUGUGGUAAACCAGGCCAAUUGGCAGAAUAGGUAUAGUGGCCAAAGAAUUUGUCCGGAGGGCCUCUUAAGCUAACAGUCUGAUGUGCUCUGGACAGCUAGCAGGCCGCGGCUAGCAUGCUAGCGGAUGGGAUUUCAGGGGGACGAAGCGACGGCGGAGCCAGUUGAGAAAAACCCCAUUGGGCGAAUCACGUCGGUGGUCCAGUCGUGAUGAGUCGGUAAAGCCAGUUGGCAAAAAGAGGUAUUGUAGCCCAAGUAGUGGCUGAUGGACCUCUUUGGAUAGCUGGGAGAUGGGCCUAGCAAAGUUAGCUUCAGGCUAAAGAGUUGAGUAGACACAAAACAGAACAUAUCUGACCUGCAACAGCACAAGGUGCAGCUAGUUACAUCAUAUACUGUCCAUCAGCCAUUUAAAUAAUACAAAAAUUAAACACUCUUUGCCCCUCCCCUUGAAUGUGCUCAUCACUUGAACAAGACGUUUUGGUCUUCUGGAGAGGAAUUCACCACAUCACAUCUCACAACCCACAUUUGGUGACAAACACCUAACUGAACACACAAGAAGACAGACAAACUCAGCAACAACAUGCAUCGUGAAACAAUACUUUUUCUACUGGUUGUGAUCAUAAUGGCAUACCCCUUUACAGGAAACAGCCUCAUGACUGCAGCAUUGGAUCCUAAGCCCACUGAACAGGCCAACCUACCACAGAGGCCUGUCCUUCAGCCCAAAGAGACUGUUCCUGUCACCGGAAACUAUGUGCUGAAAGACCCUGCAGGCACGUCGUGCAUCAAACUCUCCAUGGGAGUUGAGUACAUAGUUAUUGAGAAGAAGAAACCUUCCUAUUUCAACUUAGACCCUACCACCACCAAGACUACUGGUAGAUGUGCUGAAAAAGAGUCAGUUCUCUCCCUGGCUUUUCUAGGAAAGGGAGGCUAUCUGAAUCUCACCUUUGAAAAGGAAGGGAACCUGACCUAUGUGUCAAAGAUCACAGCUAAUUUGGCACCAGGCAAAGGAAUUAAGAACUAUGCUGGGGUAAUAGAACAUGAGAAGUUGUUCCCAACUGCCGCUGGCCGCAGCCUCAAGUGCUACUCUCAGACCGAGUUUCAUCUGUCUGAAAACCUUCGAGUGAAGAUUGUGUCUCUUCAGUUCCAAGCUUUCAAACUCACCAAUGGGAAGUUUGGAGAGGAGGUUGAGUGCAGGGCUGAUUUCAUCAAGAAGAUAAUUCCCAUUAUUUUUGGUGCCACGGUUGUGGGACUCUUGCUGAUUGCUGUCCUGUCCUUCCUGAUAAUCCGGGACCACCACAGACAAGCUGGCUAUGACAGGAUCUGAGAACGCUUCAUGCAAAAAACAUGAACACUUUUUAUAGCCAUGUUUUGUAUUUCCUAAAUGUUUUUUUAUCCAUUGCUCAAUUAUACACUAUUUAUUGUUGUUUUUAAAUAUUAAAUAUUUCUGCAAAGAAAAUAUAAAUAACAUUAUUACAGUAAAAAAUAUGUGAAUGUGGUUAACACUUAUAGGAAAGCUCUGUAAGUUUUCAAUCAUAAUCAGCAAAUAUGGUCUGAAUAAUGUGGCUUUAUUUUAGCAAAUAGAAUUUUGAUGCUUCCUAAUGCUUGGAAAUUAUAUUCUGGUUUGAAGAGUGCAUACAUUCCCUUGUGGCUUUAUCCAACUGGAGUGCAAUCCAUUGCAUGUAUUCCCGUGUGGCUUUAUCCAGUUGGAUUGAAAUCCAUUAUCUUCAAAUGCACGUAUAAGUAUAGAUGUCUUAAAUGCCUUUUUAUAAAAACACACUGCUCAAAAACAUAUAAUUCUGUAAGACAUUGUUAAUUCGGUCUUGAACCUCUCUGUGACCUCUCCUGAGGGUUAGUGCUAUUCGUGAUCCUUAGUAUUUCCCGACCUUAAACACUAACCAUAACCACUAACCAUAACCAUUUUACAUUUCAACUUCAAUAGUGUAGAGACACUCAAGGAUCCCGCAAAGCACGGCCAGUCCAAAGACCCGGUUGACACUAGAUAAAACACUCCACAAAGUCAUAAACCUCGUCUAUUUCUACAAUUUAUCUUCUUGAUUUUAAACCUAACCAUAGCCACACUGCUAACAUUAUUCCUAACCCUUAAAUUAAAUUAAGACCAAAAAGUAAAUUUAGGUUUUCGUACA